AGCAAUUCGCGUUGCCUUGGCAACGGCCCAUGGUCCCUCCUCUCGCUAACUGCUGCUAUUUCGGGCAGCAUCAGCAUCCGAGGUUGCUCCUAACCUCCUUGGCUCUGGCUGCUGCUGCUGCUGCCGCUGCUUGGCGGGGCCCGCCUGGGAGGUUAGGGGACCCGAGGCCGGGGGCUGCUGCGAGCCAGAACAGCGCUGGCGGCGGGGGCACCCACAGAGGACAAAGUGAGGCAACCUCUGGGGACCCUACGAAGCUCCCCUGUUGGAUGUGGGGGACUGAGCUUGGGUCCCCGAAGUGAGAUCCCUGGCUGCGCUGACUGUGGGGCAGUCAUGGGGGGUGCUGGCCCCCAUGUCCACGACUGGGGUUCAGAGAGGAUCGAGCCCUGUGGCAUCAGCUGCAGCACAAGACAAAGCCCCCAGGUGACUUGUGAGGCUCGUAUUCCUGCAACAGAGACCACCCCAGCUGCAGGAGUGAAUGUCGUAGUAGUGGUGGACGGGAACUGCAUCCUGCAAUACACCCAUCGCCAGUCACCUUGCUCCUGCCUUUCUGAUGGGGAGCCUCUCCUGUCCCGACGCCCUCCGCCAACGUACGGGGCUGUGCCCCCCAGCCCCACUGUCCCCAGGGGCCCAGCUUGCGGCCAAGAAGCUGGUCCGCCCCCAUCCCGCAGGACCCGUGGACUCAGCGUCCGCUGUUGCACCAAAGCCUGUCUGGGAGACGAAGAGGAACAUGCCGAGCGGCACCUCCACCGGGGGCCACCCUGCAGCCGCCUCACCCCAGUGCCCUUGCCCUGCAGCCCCUCUGGCCCGUGGUUUGGAGUGGGGUCUCUCAGUGGGGGCAGGCCGGGGGCUCAGGUCGUGAAGAUCUGGGACCGACAGCGAUGCCCCUUGCUGGAGGAAGGGGAUGUCAUUGCAAAGGUGAACGGGGCUGACGUGCGGGACCUGAGCCCGGGAGAAGUGGAGAGUGUCUUGCAGGAGCAUACGCGGACAGGAGAUGUGAUCCUUCUGGUGGAAAGGAAAGGUCAUCAUUCCCGGAGACAUCCCCAGGAAAACUGCUCUUUCAGACGAGAACACCUCUUGCCUGAUUCUUGCCACAACAAAGGAGUUUCCCGAGAUACUCCUAACACUUGGGGAGCUCCCCUGGCUGACACUUUGGCUGUGACCAGUUUUGUGGGCCCCGAGCCCCGGGAUGUACUUGUGUGUCCUGCCCGUUGUUCCCAGAGGCUGAGGAGGCCCCGGCCAGCGGGAGGGGCUGGGGAGCCCACAGGAGGUGUGGAUGGCCCCAAAGAAGACCAUGGGUGCAACAGCGGCGUCGCCAUAGCAACAGAUGGAAGUGGAGCUGUGAGAGCAGCCAGCUCCCUGUUGCCCCAUCCAGAAGAGGGUCCUUCUCAUCAGGAAGAUGGUGGGCUCUUAGCACGGCUAUCCCACGGCGAUGUCGGGGGCAUCUUCCGGCAGGCGGGGAGCCGGGUGCGAAUGAGGGUCUGGAACCGCAAGGACGCGGGAGUUUCCAGUGAUUUGAACACAGCUGAUAUUGAUGUAGGCGAAUGUCCCCGGAGCCCCACCUACCGCCUCUCCCAGCCCCAGGAGACUGGCCAAUAUUCUGUGGAGCUGCUACGAGGACCCAGCGGCUUUGGCUUCAGUUUGAGAGGCGGAAGUGAAUAUAACAUGGACAUCUAUGUCUUGGCCCUCAUGGAGGGUGGACCAGCCCAGCAGUGUGGCAAGAUUCAGGUGAGCGACCAGCUGGUAGAGAUCAACGGAGAGCCGACAGCAGGAAUGACGCAUGCUCAAGCUGUGGAGCACAUCCGCAACGGGGGGAGCCGGAUACGCCUGGUGCUGAAGAGGGGCAACGGGUUCGUUCCUGAUUAUGACCGAGAGUACAGUCAGAGCCCUGCCAGGUUGCAGCAGGCGCCGGAGACCGAGAACAAAGGCAGGCACCGGCACCGGAGAGCAAACCCGCCUGGGGAUCCCCAAUAUCUGGGUCAGCCCCCCUGUGACGGGGGCAGCCGGGAGGCAUCGCCCAGCAACAAGCAGCGGCAGCAGCUCCAGCUCCCCAAAGCCCGCCAGCCUAGCUGGCCGCACCGCAGCUCCACCAAGGCUCCAGGGGAGGAAGACGAAGAUGGAGAAGGGGGCUGGAGGCUGCGGGAGCAAGGGAAGGGCGUGGAGGGAGGAGGGGACAGCUGCAAGCUCCUCUCCCCCAGGCCAAGCAGGAAGCUGCGCUCAGACCUGGUCCCUGGUCCCUGGCUGGUGCCCAGCAAGGAGCGCCUGUCGCGGGCUCUGUGGGGCGUCUGCAUGGGCCAGGGGGAGGAGGAAGAGCAAAAGGGGGACUCGGGAAGAGGGAAAAGCAUGGAGGUGAAGAGGCGCAGCUAAGCCCAGCACUCUUUGCGGCUCCGCAACGCAGAACUACUCAGUGCCUGGGGCAAUGGCCCUGUCCACCCCCAUCCGGACUAUGCAAUAUGAUUUUCUUUUUUCCUUUCCUUUGCCCGCUCCCCGUAUUCGUACUAUGCAACGGCAGCUUCCGUCUUGCGCUCCCCGGCCCCCAUCCAUACUAUGCAAUGAUUCAACACAAACACAAGCCUCCUUCCCCACCUUCCUUGGGAUUCUGCGAGGCAAUCUUCCGUUUUGCUGCCGCUUCCGCCGCUCCCAAGGACUGCGGUGGUAACAUCCCUUAUGCAGCCCCCUGCCCUGGGCGGACCAGUGCUACCGAAGCUGCGUUGCGAAGAUCCCAGGGGGUGUUAUGAGAAGUUUUCUCCAGGGAGAAGAUCCAUAAUGGCAGACAGAAAAUGGGCUUGCCUGCGAUUGCCUACCCUGCAAUGCCUAGCGCCAGAGGAGGGAUGGUGACCAUGUCCCAGGGCAGUGGUGGCGAACCUGCGGCCUAAUAUGGUCAGCCAGGCCUAUUUUAUACUUGAAGGAAACUUCAAACUAUGGCUUACAGCGACAGAAAAAAGCACCAGGUUUUUAAAAGGUCAACUUUUGUCUGCAAAGGCAGGAAUCAGAAGUGCACUUAGGGUACACUCCUUAUUCUUCCUUUGUGGCCCCUGAUCAAAAUUUGUGUGGGAAUGUUCAGGGAUGCAGGAGAGGAUAUGUUGUUUGAUUAUAUCCUUUCCAACUUGUGUUAACAAGU